UCGUAUGUUUUUCUGCUCUUGCUCGCUUUACUUGCGCAUCCGAUACGCCGUAACGCAGCUAACAGUAACGCAGCAAACGGAACACUGCCGGGCGACGUACGUCGAUCCGAAGGAAAGUCAACGAAGAUACGCAGUGUACAGAACUGCGAUUACCGCCAUGACUGGCACCACGAUUACACGGAGAGUAGUACAACACAUCAGCAUUUGACGACAUAAAGCGACGCUCACAUUGAAAAAAGGUGCGCGAAGCCAUAUGUCAGCAGGUAUGCGAACCUGAAAAUAGUGUGAGGGUGUGCCUGAAAUUUUGACAGGACAAGCCGCAGACGCAAUGCACACAUAGGCGCCAAAGGCUAAGUAUGAAUGGAAGCGCGAAAAUGACAUCACUGCAGGUCGACUUAGUGGUGUUGUUUCUAUUAUUAUUGAUCACCGUCGUCGUCGUCGUCGUCGUCGUCGUCGCCGCCGCCGCCGCCGCCGCCGCCGCCGCAAGCGUUGAAUUAGUCGUCAAAUAUAAUACUUGAAUGUCUAAAAGUGUAUUGCUUUUUUCUGCGUCGUCGAAACUGGCCCGAAGUUAGUGCGAUUGAAGUCCGCAUUAAUUAGCCUACCUCGUGCAGGAGUUCAUUACAUUUUAGGUUAAAAGGUAAUCAGGGAACAGAAGAACACAUGUGAGGCAUGAAAUGGAAAUAAGCUGGAGAAACAGUGAAAAUGUUCUAUUAGUGGGAACUUAACGAGUGUGAGAAGGUUGUGCGUGCAGUGUGUGUGGAUUGCCAGAACAGACACAGAUACGGCUUUAAAACCACUGUCUAGAAAUUUAAUCGAACCAUAAACUUGUAUGAGUUACUUCAGAAGUGGUGAAAUACUCUAUCAGUGCACAAUUGCAACUGGAAACUAACCUCAAAGGUGUACUAACGAUAAAUAGUUCCCCGUUAAAUCUGUGUGAUAUCGGCUGCAAGAAUCAGAACAUCAGAGGUCCUCGACUUCGCCAUCUUGAGCAGAUUCUGCACGUGGCCAGCGCACGUACGUGGUAAUUCUUGUCGCCUGCCGGUGGUGUACCAUUAUCCAUAACAACUAAACGGCAAUAUCAUCUCUAUCAGGCAUCCGCCAAUAUUACUGCUCCCCCAAGUUCAUGUGCUCCGGGAGAAGUGCAAUGACUCACCUUGCCCAAAAAACUAUAUAUAUAUAUAUAUAUAUAUAUACACAUAUGUAUUUUCAAGAUGAAAACGAAGCACAAAUGGUCUUCAUAAUUUACUUCGUCGAUGUUUGCCGCGAAAGUCAUUGGGGGAGCUUCGACGAAGAGAGGAUGCGUGAUAAAUGGAGAGGAAGCAUGAGGCAAAGUCCGGAUCAUGAAUACGUACUGUCUACUUGUUUACUCGUGUUCGAUACCCGUGGGUAUAUGUGUCCUAUGUUUACAUACCUAUCCGGAGCCGACACACCUUAAGAAGCCGUGGACAUUUUUAGAAGCAGCAUCGGCCGCGAAAUGGCUUCGAAGCGGAAGUCGAUCCCCAGCAAGCUUCCGGCGGAGGCUGAUUGCGACAAGGAACGAAUUGUCACUGCUGACGGCAGUGGCGGCGGUAAUGGGGAACCGGUGGCGAUCACGCUCGCGACUUCCACACGCGAAAGGUUGAGCGAGUCGGAAGACUGGAGUGAAUCCGACCACGAAAUGGCCAUUCAACUUGCAAGCAGCCCUAUGAGGGUUCCUUUCAACGGGUCUCCCCUCGAGCUUAAUGUAAACCUAAAUAACCUGGACGCAAACCUCGCGCUACUAGAAAAACAACGCCUACUAACCGAAAUGAUUAGCCAACUUCAACGACAUUUCGAAGGAAAAUUAGAUAACUCAUCACUGCAGGCAAACAUGGCUAAAAAUUCGAGCCCGAAAAGGGAAACGCUUAAUAGCAACAGCGACAGUCAGCUAAAAUCUCAGCAGAGGAUACCCAUAAACGUCAAUAACAAACCAGCCGCAACAGUAACAACAUCACAGGAACAAAAACAGCAGCAACGGGCACCAGGGUGGUUGGUCGGUGGACCUAGUCCACUGAUUGGUGUCUCCCCUGGGGCGACCCCACCUCGCAGCCCCUCCGGAUCCCUACUGUUAUCUUGCGGGUCAACAACUGGCGGCAACGAUGGACCUCUAAACCUCUCGAAGAAGCCCCGUAGCUCAACGAGUCAACAGUCUGCUCAUACAAAAGGAGUAGGACACAACUCGAAUACCACUAGCCCCACAUGUAGCGGCAGCCCCAGCCCUGUCCCUGGAGCUUCGGCGAGUUUCGGUGAUCAGUUAGCUCUGCAAGCCUUACUGCCAUUUGCCGGACCGGUAUCUCUCCUGCCCUUCAAUACAAACCUCACAGGAGCUCAAUCGACGUUCAAUGCAACUUCGCUUCUAUCCAUGGCCUUUUCUAAAUUGCCCAAUCCAAAAGAAGCCCCUAGUCCACAAAGACUCUUCGCCAAAGAGCUAGGUCAUGUUUUUCCACCCUCCUCUCUCAGCCCGUUGGACAAAGAACCCGCCGAUAGCUCGUCAUCGGAAUGCGGUGAACCGAAUAAAGUGAUCUCUUCAGAUCCGCUUCUGGGUGCUAAGGUCAUUCGUGUAGGACGCGACCCAGUAGAUCGAAAGCAUCACAUAAAGCGACCCAUGAACGCAUUCAUGGUAUGGGCCAAGGAUGAGCGGCGCAAGAUCCUAAAGGCGUGCCCCGACAUGCAUAACUCGAACAUAUCCAAGAUUCUCGGCGCCCGCUGGAAGGCCAUGAGCAAUGCGGAGAAGCAGCCAUACUACGAGGAACAGUCGCGGCUUUCCAAACUACACAUGGAGAAGCAUCCAGAUUACAGGUACCGGCCUCGACCCAAAAGGACUUGCAUUGUGGACGGCAAGAAGUUGCGCAUCUCCGAGUACAAGAUGCUGAUGAAGCAGCGUCGCGAGGAAAUGCAACAAAUUGUGGAAACUCCUGGCCAGGAGGGAGUCGAGAUGGUGAAUGGAAGUUCAACUCCACCAAAUCUAGAUACGCUUUCGCCACCGCCGCUUGACACGCUCAACUCGUUCGCUUCGGGAACACCUAUUUCCGCGAUGACCAGCUCUAUGGUUCCGGUGUCCUCCAUAGGACAGAUGGCCACCAUCGUUCCAUUAAGUGGCCCUGGGCUGGCCUCAGGUCCACCCACACAGCCCGUCUGAGCCUGCACGAGGCAUGUAUGUCGGAUCUAAUUUCCUCAUGCUAGUCGACUGCGUCGAAAGUAGAAAACGCCUGAUCUCUCCCGUUCAUUCCUGGGUUCUGAUGCCGUGACGAUCGUGAAGCGUCAAUUAUGAGGCGGGCCUUCAAGUACUUGAGCUCGCCGCCGACACCUCCUUAUGUAUUCGGUUUUCCACUAUCUAACGAGUCAGCCUAUCAUUAGGGCACAUUGCAACGGGUCAUCAAGCAACAACAACCCCGUGAUCCAGACAGACUCCUAGAGCCUCCUGUGAAGAUAGGAUCGCUCCCGUUAUAAGCAUCGGCACCCGUCUUGCCGCGGCAUGCUCCUAGGCCACGUUAAUCAGCGAUAAAAAUCUUUGCGUUGCUUUACAGCUAUGGCCGUUAGGGGAGAUGGGGUUCGAUGACAGCCUACAGCUGUAAAGUCGACCCGUGGCGUUGCGUACCUCCGUAGCUUGAAGGGGGUUUUCCAAAUCAACUCACCCGGCAAUCACCUUAGACCAGAUAAGAAUUAAUUACAAGAUCCGUACGUCACCGCCGUAUCUUCAGCAGUGAACCUAUGAUCAAGAGAUUGAACAAUAGUAGCGCAAUUUUUCAGUUUAUUAUAUUAACAUAGUCGAAAGGUGGAUCUUACGCGUACUGAGCAAACUCUGAUGAGGUCAGCUGAUUUUUCGAAUGUAAUGAAAAUGGCUCAAGACGGAGUCACCUUCAUCUUCCUACAACCUGUGACAUUAUGUACAAACAUAACUUGCCACGAACACCAUCGACACGCCUCAAUGCGUUGAUGCGUCUCAACAUAGAAGACAACAAUACUGCAGUGUUUUACACUUGGAUAUGGAUCACCGUCGUAACGGUCGUCGUUAUCGUCCCAAUAUAUGAAUAAUAGCACGUAAACGGUAGCAAAUUUGACGGUCUGCCGGGCAACGGAGGCGGCUCCCUGCCAUUCACGACUUAUAACAAAAUAUUCCCUCAUUAUACGGUGUAUGGAGAAGUAGUAAGAUGUCGAGUGCACUUAUGCUGUAUAUUAAUUUCCGCAUGGCACACAUUAACGUUCGGGCCCACCUGAACAAAGUUUUACACUCUGGAGCAGUCGACCCUGGGCCCAGACGUUCGUUGCUGUCAACUAAGAAGUUUCAUUUGCUCACGUGGUUGAUUCAACUAAGAUAUAUAGACAUGCAGACGCAACGCGCCCACACGCAGAUAUAUGUAUGUAUGUAGAAAUCAUUUAUUUAUUUAUACAUUUGUACAUAAACGUAGAAGAAGUAGCGAAAAUUCUAAUCCCUUAAUGAGGACCCAGAAUGAGUGAAUAUAACAGAGGAGUGAUAAUGAGACUAACGGUAUAAUAACAGUCAGCUGCUGAAAGAAUAUCUUUCGUUUGACAGCUAAGCAGAGAGACCCGCGAACUACUAAACAUUGUCUUUUGUUUUUCCUAAAAAUGUGUAUAGUCAUGUACGACCAGAGCCUCCGAUGAAAUAUACAACAAACGGGACAAUGGCACCCCUCGAAAAUUCUUUUAAACACGUUUCCGUAAUACACGAUUACACUUCAAUGACAAAAAUUGUUCCACUGAGUCCCGAUAACGGCCGAUCAUACGAAUUUGCUGAGCCGUUAGCUACGGAUACAUGGGAAACCAUUGCUUGGUCUCGUACCAAACGACCGAUGAGCCAGACGCAGCUCGGACUACGUCAGCGUUUUUGAUACAGUGGCGCUCGUAUAGUCUUUGUUUAGACGAGUUGACAAUGAAUAUACUAAUCGUCUGUCAAUGCUGGAAAGAAAACAACGAUUGUGUUACGGGGCUAUGGGAUCAGCCGCGACCAAAUUCUCCACUAGCGGAGAGUACUUUUUUUCAACGGACAUGAACGGGACAUGCGCAUGAUUCUGGCUGAGUGCGAAGGGUGCAAGUGCAGAUUUGAACAAAAUUGUCAGCUAAGAACCUAGUAAAUAUACUGGUAGACCUUAUAGAUAUUUUAAAAGCGAAGGUAUUUAUUAAACUAUUAUAUAAACAUAUUAUACAUACAUAUGCCUAACUGAAAAUUAGGAAAGAGUGUAUAUUGAAGCGAGUAUAUGGAUACUAUACUCUAGCAAUAUUGUCACAGCGACGCGAGACAACGUAUCGAUCGAGUCGUGGUGGUCAUAAAUCAUCAUCAUCAAUAUAGACGACGAAGCAGAAUCUAGAAAAAGCAAGCUGUGCAGCAAACGCCAAUGUUACUUGCGCUUUGUAUAUGCGGAUAGACGAACAGUUUAGGAAGGAAGAAAGAAGGAGCAGGAAUAGAUGAUGAUGAUGAUGAUGAUGAUGAUGAUGAUUAAUUUAAUAAAUGUGUG